GGCUGAGAUUGUAGAUACGCGGCUAGAUCAAAGGGAGCUCGCUGAAAACAUCUAAUUCUAGCGCAUAACAAGAAUGUUAGGGGCGACAGCGCAGGGGCCAGACCCGAGCUUUGUUCUUGGCAAAGAGAGCGAAUGCAUGUCGGUGUAGCAGCCAUAAUUUAAUCUGCCCUCAGAACUUAUUGAUAGGCGCUUGUUGAUGUUUAUAUGUGCAAAUGUGGCCAUUAGCAUUGGAUAUACAGAAAAAACGUCGAGGAAACCAACAUGGAUAAUACAUAGGAAUGGUGCUUGACCGAGAGACCAGACGCUCACAACUAGCCGUGCAUGUGACUGCAGACAGCCUAGAGCAUCCCUAGUCUUUGAUUGAUCCAGUUCACUUUUAUCUUGCAAUAAGAGGAGGCAAACUUUACGUUCAGACGAGAAUAACACAGCACAGUUUAGUUGCUAUACUGCUACAUGACGAAUGACUAACCCCAGCCGUAACGGCGCUUUUCAUUGGUCGCCGAUACAGAGAGCGCGGCGUUGAUUGGUCUCUAUUUGCUAGCCUUUACGUAGUAUUCAUGGCGGAUUCAAAACGUGUGUUGAGAGUCGUUAAUAUCCUGUGCGAAAAUUAGAUCGCAGUGGAGAACUUUUGACCAUGCCGCAUAUGAGUUCAGGCGGCUCAGAGGAUUUUUACUCGAAAGAUGAGGUCAAAGUAUAUAAAGAUGAGGGUGAAGAGGAAAAAAGAUCAUCGGAAAACCUCUCGGAGGAAAAGUUGGGUUUAGUCACCGAAUCCGAAGAGGGAAAAAAUGGCAGUUUACCGGGAAAUUACUCUGGCAGCGAGAAGAGUGGGACAACACGACCAGAGGAUGAUAAGUCAGCUGCACAGCCCCCAGGUCAAGGGCAGGGUUCCCUUGGGUUCAUUAUGCCUCCCUACUAUGCCAACGGUGCUUCAAUGGGCAGUAGCAAACUGGGGAUGGUGCAGCCGCCGUACCCAGGGCUGGUCAUGUACAAUGACUUCGGCUCGCCACCACCCGCACACAUGGGCAUACCGCCUGUCCACACGGAUCCCAAAACAGGGUUGCCAAGACCACCAAUGUAUGCGACAUAUCCCGCACCUCCGGGGCAGUUUCCCCAUCACCUCUACCCGGAGUUCUCGCAAGUGCAAUGGCAUCGGCCAGCAGGGUACCCAAUCUCUUCAGGCGGAUUCUCAGGCUCCUAUCCACCAUUAAUCAACUCAAUAUCACGGCUGGGCCCCCCAGGGAUCCUGCCGCACCCUGGUCUGCCUCACCCCGGCAUGCCACCCCACCCUAUCAUGAGUCCGGGACCAAAACAAGAGAUGAUGGGGGCGCAAACAAUGGGCGUCGACAAUCACAGGCCCGAGUUAAGUUCGAACCCUGGUGAAGAGAGUUCUGCCAGUAAUAGCCGAAGUGGGGAAAAUACCCAGAAGAAAAAGCCCUAUGUUAAGAAACCUCUAAAUGCGUUCAUGUUGUUUAUGAAAGAAAUGCGAGCAAAGGUUAUCGCAGACUGUACGCUGAAAGAAUCGGCAGCUAUUAAUCAGAUAUUAGGGAAGAAGUGGCAUGCGUUAGACCGGGGUGAACAGUCCAAAUAUUACGACAUGGCACGGAAAGAGAAGGAGCUCCACCUACAGCUGUACCCUGGCUGGUCAGCCCGAGAUAACUACGCGUCACAUGCAAAGAAAAAGAAACGGAAAAAAGAUGGCCCUGGUGAAAAUAAAGUUUAUGUUUCAGAAUGUACACACGCAAAGAAGUGCCGCGCACGGUUUGGGAUGGAGCAGCAGACUCAGUGGUGCAAGCCCUGCAGGAGGAAGAAGAGAUGUGUUCGUUUCCUGCGUGGGGAGGGGGAAGACGGGGGAACCUCGGAUGAAGAAUUGGAUGACGACUUGUGCAAUGACAGUUAUGCUGAGUCGGGGAGAUCUGGCGUGGACAGUGACUGUAAUGUGGAAAGUCCACUGCCAGGCCCACAAAGUGACAGCUUUCAUUUGAAACCCUCGGAGAAAUGCCAUAACUCUCGGCACCUGUCCUCACCCUUUGGCCCAGGUAGUGGUGAUGCCCUGGAUGUAGACCUGGAGGAAGCCGAGAAAGCUCUUGACUUUCACGCGGAGUCCAAGCUGUGUAUGGAUCUCCCACAGACACCACCCUCUGUGCCCACAUCCUGACGCCUGGACUGACGGACAGAUGAAGGGAUGGACGGGCCCACCUGGAAGCGGGACAGGUGUUUCCUUGAUCCCACCACAACAGGGCAGCAGCAGCAGCAGCAGCAACUGGGUGUGUGUAGCAUAAUACAGUCUCCGUGAGCUUGUGGACCUUGCAAGAAUGCACCUGAUUGACUGACUCGUUGCCUGAUGUGUGACUGUCUGCACCUGACUGGGUGACCGUGCUAUUUAGACUGGCUGUGUGAAGGCUGAGUCCAGCAGAGACAGUAGCUGCUACUUGUGAUGCUCGGAAAGUGAUUAUUUUUGUAUAGCGUGGACAUCACUGAGACCAGAUUGUGACAUUACUGGCACUGACCGAGCACUUGAUCCAGAACAAACAUCUUCAUCUGAGUAUCGAUCAAGUCAUUGUGAACGAAGAAGAGAGUGAAAUGGACACUCAAUCUGUAUGUGCCAGAGUUGUGUGUGCUGAGAGACUGCAGCAAGAGGCUCACACCAUCUUAGCAUUACUACAUAAUACAUGUGUACCACUACGAGUGUCGCUGGCUCCCCUCGGGGCGGCCUACUGCAGGCGACAGCCACCAUGUGCCUGGACCUAGAUUGGUGGUAGCACCACUGGUUUGACCAGACUUGUGUAUCUCGUAUGUUCUAUGUGAUCUCUGUUUCUAGGUAUUGACAAAUAGUAACUUCAAGUACACUCUAAGUGUCCAUUUGUACCACGUGGAGGGAGGGGCAUGCGCUGCCGUUGCACGAAGUAGGUCUUUGUUUAUCGUGUGCUGAGGCUGGUUGGCGGUAGUGUGGAGAGUGAAGGUCAGGGUCACUUGCUGACUCGUAGCUGCCCAAUGUGAUUCAUUCAAAUUUUGUUAUUACUGAAAACUAAUAUGUGUCUCCUCAAGUGGUCCCCACUAACCCUUAUGAUAAGGGCUAGUACCUGCCCCCACGGACCCCUACCACAAGUCUCUUCCAUUGGUCCCGCUGGCCCUUGCUACAAGUAUCAUCAGUUACCUGCCUUCCCCUGCACAAGUCUCCUAUCGGUCCCCACUGGCCUCAACCACAAGUCUCCACUAGUGUUGCCAACAACAUGUCAACAAUGGUCUCUGCAAGUGGUCUCAUUUAACCCCUACCUUCACUUUUCAACUACUGACCUCAGCCUUAUGCAUAGUAACCUUGUCACAAGAUUGUCCUUUUUUGGGUAGCACACUGGUACAUAGAAAAUGAAAUUGAACUUUGAAAUGACACACUGCCAUGUUGGAUACAGCUCUCAUAUCUGCCAGCUGUGUACACUGUUGACAUAUCUGCCAGCUGUGUACACUGUUGACAUAUCUGCCAGCUGUGUAUACUGUUGUCAUAUCUGCCAGCUGUGUACACUGUUGUCAUAUCUGCCAGCUGUGUAUACUGUUGUCAUAUCUGCCAGCUGUGUACACUGUUGUCAUAUCUGCCAGCUGUGUAUACUGUUGUCAUAUCUGCUAGUUGUGUAUACUGUUGUCAUAUCUGCCAGCUGUGUAUAUUGUUGUCAUAUCUGCCAGCUGUGUAUACUGUUGUCAUAUCUGCCAGGUGUGUAUACUGUUGUCAUAUCUGCCAGCUGUGUCUACUGCUGUCAUAUCUGCCGGAUGUGUAUACUGAUCAUAUCUUCCAGCCAGUGUAUACAGCUUGCAGAUAUGACAGCCAGUGUCUACAGAUUUCAUAUCUGCCAUCUAGUAUAUACAGAUGUCGUCUCUGCCAGCAAGUGUAUACAGACUGUCUUGGUCUAGAUUUGCAUAACAUUUGCAUAAUAUGCUAAAAGUUGUCAUGUAUCAAAAUCAGCCAUCGAAAUUGUGUUUUCUGGCCUUGCUGUCACAAGAGUGUGUGACCGUGUGUGCAAGUCUCUGGUUAGUGUUGCAGUGUGUUGCAACAACAUCAUGCACAGCAGUGUGUGCCCGCGGUACCUGCAAAUUUGCAGGUAUUUAUUUUUGUAUUUUGAGUCACAAGAUUAACUUGAAUUAAUUCCAAAACAUGUGAAAACCAUUAGUUUACAGUUACCUCAUAGAUGGUUGUUUGAUAUGGGAUACUGGACCAACACACUCUUUGGUGUGGCCGGUAUUGGGAGUGGGGGGGAGGGAGGGAGGGAGGGCAGUUUGCAUGUACAGUGACAGGGAUCUCUUCUCCUGCAGUCUUUGACAAUGUUGAUCUGUUCAACUGUAGAUACCAUAUAUGUGUAUCAUAGGUGUAUGUAUGUAUACACAACAUUCAAACAUUUCCCAUUCUUCAGGAAGAACGUAAUUCCAGCAUGUGCCCUGUGUCACAGAGAGUGAGCCAUUGUUUACAGCAGUUGUCUGUCUAUCUGUUGUUGUCCUCAUGAGACCAGGUCGGGUCUCGCGCACACUCCUAGAGACCUAGCUAUCUCAUCACUUUUGUCUCUUCGUCUAUCACAGUUUUAUUGAACAUUUGACCAAUUGUGUUAUGAUUUUUAGAAUGUUCCUAGUCGGUUGUUUUAGAUUUUACCGAUUUGUAGAUUUCGUAUAAUGCCAAAGGUUUACGAAGAAACGGCCAAAAUGUCUCUACCAUUACUAUCAUGUCCCUGAAGCCAGUCCUGUGGUAGGAAUCACGACUGUGUGGUGGAGUGUCUGCUGUUACUGUUGUCAGAGUGUACACGCUCGACUGGUCCUUCUCUGCAGUCAUUCAGUAACUCUUAUGUGCCAUGAUGCUUGCAGACCUGAUAAGAAUAUAGUUUUGAUAUUUCGAUUGUCCUUGCUGACACUAAACAAAUGUUUUAAGUGAGUUAAAAUAGGUGAAAUGUACCACAUCAGAAGGCAGAAUAACACAAUUGUACACUAUCAAAACGUUGACCCUUAUACUAUGUGAAAUAUAUGAACAUAUGGUGUAGAACUAUACCGGCAUUUUAUUUUUUCUAGCAACAUUGGCAUAUUUGUGUGCUGCAUUAGAAUAUUUCUGUGCCUUAUUCUGAGUGGUAUUACAAAAAAGACUUGUGUUGUGAUCGAAAAUGUUAUUCAAUUUUUAGGUGCCAUUUUAAACUUUAUUGAAAGCGUCCUAUUGUGUUCAGACAUACACGUUUCACUGCAAAUUACAUUGGGUAAAAAGGUUCUAAACUGAUUUGGAUGUAAUCCGUCACCUAUUCAUGAAAUGAUUAGCUUUUAAAGAAGGAUUAAUGUCAUCUCUUCAGACUUUAUCACAGAGAAGGAGCAAUGAAAUAUUUUAGUCAUUGGUGAUCUGUUCUGUUUGUACUGUAUGAACUAUAUUCUACUGUCUACUUGUUACUCUAGGCUGUAUAGUGACACGCCUCAGUUGACCAAGGUUUACUUUGAGCAUAGAUGGACUACAGUUUACAAAUUGUUUGUCAUGUUUUGUGCUUACAAGGCAUGGACCUUUUGCUAUUGUCUGAAGAUUUUAUACACAAUUUGGCCACCAAGUGGUAAUGGACUGACAUGUUAUUACGAGCAUUUUUUUCUUACCCAGAAAGAGAUUAUUAUGACAUUUAUUCCAAAUCAUGAUUUAAAUAAUGGUAGUUUUAAAGUAGUACAAAUACUUUAAAAUGCUUUUGUUUGUUAGAUUAUGUUUGUUACCUGCACUGACUCAGUAGCAGAGAUAAAAGUAUGAUGUGUAAACGCUUCGGUAAGUUCUCAAUUCCCCAGUAAAUGUAAUUGUCUUAAUCCUGUCACAUGAACAAAAUGUACUGCCAUACUUUACUGGAGUCUCAUGGCCCUGAUAGUCUGCUAUACUUUACUGAAAUCUUAUGGGCCUAAAGGUCUGAAAUACUUUAUUAAACUCUGCCAUUUUGUCUUGGAUUCAUGGCAUCAGUUGCCUGUAACACCUUGGUCUGUCUUACCCUACUUGAAUCUCAUUUCUGGCCCAAUGGUGUGCCACACUUGAUCCCCAUGGCCUAAUUUGACCUGCCAUACUUUACUGGAGUCUACUCAAGGUACUAAUUGUAAAUGCUACAUACAGACAUGGUCAUUUUUUUGGGACACACUUCUUGAACUGUUAGGUCAACUUCUACUAUGACCAUAUUAUAUCUGAUAAACACAUUGCCGUUCCAGAGACCAUGCAGAUUGAUAUUCUAAUCUGUGUGGAUACUAGAACCAGAGGUGUGUGUUUCCUUGGUGUCCCGGGAUAGUGCUAUUGAACACCUGGAAAUAACUGAGUUGUCAAAACUAAUUUCAAAUAACAAACUUAACACACAGGAUUUUACCAUCGGUAUUAUUAUUAUUAUUUUAUUAAACAUUCUUGUUUUAGUCGAUUGUUAUUAGCUUGUUAUUGCAUUAUUUCAUCUCCACUAGUAUGUGAAAUUCAAACUUUUUACACAUUUCUAAUGAGGCAUUCAUUUGGAAGAGAGCUGUUAUUGGUUCUGUCCGAUGACAUGACCUCAGUUAGUACAGGUCAGGGAUAUCCAGUUUUUAAUAGCACUUUCCCAGGGAAGUUGGCAACAGAUCAGCCUGUUUCAAGAUGGCAUACACUUUGAGCUUACCAAUCCUACACCAAUGGUACUGUGAAAGCCUAAUAUAGAGAAGUUUAAGAUCUUGAUACUAGUCAGAACUUCUAUGGUAUUUCCUAAUUUACGGUUAGUUCAAAGAUGAUAUGAUAUGAUAUGGCAUGUCCUGAAGGAUGUGUGUCCUGAACAUACUGACAGGUCCUGAGGGUUCAAGCAUAAUCUGAUUGUUCUGGCAUGUCCUUGAAGUUUAGGCAUGACCUGAAGAUUCUGGCAUGUCCUGGUAGUUUUGACAUGGCCUGAAGAUUCUGGCAUGUCCGGACGUUUGGGCAUGACCUGAAAGUUCUGGCAUGUCCUGGAAGUUUGGGCAUGACCUGAAGGUUCUGACAUGUCCUGGAAGUUUUGUCAUGACCUGAAGGUUCUGGCAUGUCCUGGAAUUUUUGGCAUGACCUGAAGGUUCUGGCAUGUCCUGGAAGUUUGGGCAUGUCCUGAAGAUUCUGGCAUGUCCUGGAAGUUUUGGCAUGACCUGAAGGUUUUGGCAUUUACCUGUAGGUUGUAGUAUUCUAUCUGAUCAGAGUAUGUCCCUGUAUUAGUUCCCAGGGGUCUCCAGUAUAGCAUGUCCCAGCCCCUGAUACCGACAGCAGUCCCUACCUUGGCGGUAGGAGCACACUGCUUCUAACCCCCCCCAGAAUGGAUGUUUCUGUACUGAUGAUGCUUACAGGGAUGGUGCAUAUCCUCCUCCUCACUGUUGACCCUCGUGUGUGACUGUAAACACUGGCUCCAGGUGUAUUCAUCUCACAAUCAUCACUCAUUUUAUUAUCCAUUCGUGUAUUUAUAUGUUAUCACGUCAUUUCUGUAAUAAACAUCCAGUUGAAA